AUGGCCUACGACUACGCCCUCGUUCACCUCAAGUACACCAUACCGUUCGCCGUUCUUCUCACCAUCAUCCUGAGACCGCUGCUUACGAGACUCGACCUGUAUAAGACGCUCGCGCUAAUCACCGUCGCUUUCACUGCUACGCUGCCGUGGGAUUCAUACCUGAUACACCAUGGUGUCUGGACCUACCCCCAAGAUGCCAUCGCCGGCCCACGGCUUCUCGGUGUUCCCGCUGAGGAGCUCUUCUUCUUCGUCAUUCAGACCUACAUCACCUGCAUGAUCUACAUCUUAAUGAACAAGCCGGUUCUUCACGCGCAGUUUCUCACUAAUAAGGACGAUUCUUCGCCGAAGUGCCGCUGGAUCAGAACAUUGGGACAGGUUGUGUUGGCCACGUCGAUCGCUGUCGGUGCCGCGCUCGUGGAAAAAGGGGGCGAGGGCACUUAUCUAGGUCUCAUUCUUGUGUGGGCCUGCUCAUUCGCCCUCCUCACGUGGACCUUCUCUGGCUACUUCCUCAUCCGCCUUCCUCUAACCUGUGUGGCUACACCUAUCAUUCUCCCAACCAUCUACCUUUGGAUAGUGGACGAGCUCGCUUUGGGACGUGGCACGUGGUCGAUCGAGUCCGGAACCAAGCUGGGAUGGUGUCUGUGGGGUAGUCUUGAGCUGGAAGAGGCCGUCUUCUUCCUCGCAACCAAUGCGCUGAUAGUGUUCGGCAUGGUAGCGUUCGAUAGAGGCAUGGCAGUUCUGGACACAUUCCCAGAACUAUUUCCAGAAGCCCAAACCAACCUCACGCCGCGUCUACUCAUCAAGGCUAUUCUGUUAGACCCCUCCAAAUAUCCCCUUGACAGGGUGAAGGGUAUCAGAGAAGCUGUAGAUACCCUACGACGCAAGAGCAGAAGCUUCUAUCUCGCCAGCUCCGUCUUCCCCGGAUGUCUCCGCAUUGACUUGGUCCUACUGGUGGCAGACGACCUGGUGGACGACGCUCGCGACCAAGGUGAAGCUUUGGACUGGAUCAACAAACUCUCUGGCUAUCUGGAUCUUGUAUAUACCCCAGAAGGAGUGCGUCCGUCCUCGACUAAAGUCGUAACUGAGUAUAUCGAGAACAACUUUCCGAAGCAUACCAGAUCUGCUUUUGAGCUUCUGCCUACCUCUCUGCUCCCCAAGGAGCCCCUCUACGAGCUACUGGAAGGCUUUAAGAUGGACCUCUCAUUCUCGCAAACCGGCGCGACGCAGCAAAGCCCCAAGUUCCCAAUCAAAGAUGAGGCAGAUCUCCAGCUGUAUGCGCAACGCGUCGCUAGUACCGUCGGAGAGUUGUGCUUAUGGCUGGCAUUUCACCACAGCACCACAAGAAUGCCAAAGGAGAAGGAGGCUAUCCUAGUCGUGGCCGCGAGAACGAUGGGUCACGCGCUGCAGUACGUCAAUAUCGCGCGCGACAUUUUGGUGGAUGCGGAAAUGGGUCGUGUCUAUCUGCCUACCAACUGGCUGAAGGAAGAGGGUCUGACACCCGAGGACAUCGUUCGAGAUCCGAAGCAGCCCAAAGUCGAGACGCUGAGGGAAAGGCUGCUGUCAUCCGCCUUCAAGGAGUACGAGCGCUCACGACCGGUUAUGGACAUGCUGCCCAGCGAACUUCGUGGUCCGCUGAUCGUUGCGGUCGAGAGCUAUAUGGAAAUUGGCCGGGUGCUGCGGGAGAAGAAGGGCGUCCCGUCCAAGACGAAGAAGGGCCGAGCUACCGUGCCUCGCUCAAGGCGCAUCUGGGUUGCUUGGAAGAACCUCUCAUCCCAGUGA